AUGAUUAUUUUGACAAGGUUGAUUCAUGUGGAAUCCUAUUUCGUUAAUAGGAGUUCCUCCUCACACAUCUCGAAUCUGUGUAAAUUCAUGAAACAAGAAAGGAGAUUCAUUAGGUUUCCAAGACUAUUUGAAAAACAAAACCCCGAAAUUGUAUCUCAAGACGUCUUAAAUCUGCAUGAUCAAAAUACAGGAUUCACAAACUUCCUCAAAACCAUGGAUUCUAUGGUUUCAAAUAAAGAAUUGACAUUGAAGUCGUUUAUUUCGCUAAUAGAGAAAUUCGAGCCCUCAAUAACUGAAGAUAAUGAGCAUCUAGGCUUAGUGCUAGAGAACUACAGCACCGAAACUCUCCUCUUAAUGAUGGAUUCUAUAACUUUAUUUAACCAAUCUAGAGUAAGUAAAAAUUUCAAUGUGUUUUUGAACAAUUUAUCCACUAUUCUUUCAAAAAGGAAUCUUAUAGAAUAUGAAAAUGACACCUUCUUUAUGAAAAAGAUAAAUUACUUAUUUAGUAUUAUAAAUAGAAUAAAACACAAAUCUGAAGCUGAUAAAGCUAUAAUUGAGUCUAUAAAUAAACAAAUAAGAGGGAAAGUUGAUUUUUUUAUAGAGAAAGGAAAAUUUACAGACCUUUUCAGGCUCUCAUCUUACACACUCGAUCCCAAAUCUAUAUACACAAUUGUUUACUGUAUUCUAUUCAAGUUAGACAAGUUUAAACACAGUGAUUAUGGAAAUUUGCCUAAGUUUUUAUUUGAUUUUAAGAUCCAUGAUGAGGUGCUCUUGUCAAGGAUUAUUAACCACGCCUCAACCUCACCUUCAACCAUAUUCGAAGAGGAAUCUUUUGGGAAAUUUAUAAGAAAUCUAUGUUUGUUUGACCAAGUCUACGACAGUAAAGAGAUUUCUUUUAGACCUUUAGUAGUUUAUUUACAAACUCUAGGGAAUAAACUUGAUUUAUAUGAUAAACGGGAACUGUACUUUAUAUUAUCAAGUAUUCCAAACCAAACUAAUUUUGAUAAACUCGGAAGAAAACAACACAAAACAUUGGUUGACCAAAUUCUUGUAAAGAUUGGAGUGCUCUCGGAAGAUAACAGUUAUAAAACUAUAGCUCACCUGGAUAAUCACCAACUUAUUAGUCUCAUUAAGUAUCUAAAUAAGGUUGAAUAUGUACAUAACUCGGUUGAGUGUGAUAAUAUAAAGUCUCUCUUGCUUAAUGAACAAGGUAAUAUGGAAAUGACACGAGGAGAUUUAUCGCAGAACGAACUAGGUUUGCUUUCGAAUGAAUUUGCAAAGUCGCUCUCGGAGAGGUUCCUCAAAGAAAUCCCCCAAAAUUCAAAGUUUAGUGAUUUGAGUGAUACAUUUAAGAAUCUUGAAGUUCUCGAGUCUCUGUUAUUCGUUUUGAAUAGGCUCAUUAUUUCCGGUGUUGACAAGUUUUAUACAGAUAGCUUAUUGCUGUCAUUUAAAAGCCUAUUGGUUCUUAUGGCUGAUAAUAUGACUCAAAACCCAAACAUUCUUGAGUUUUUAAGGAAUGUUUCCAAGUUAAAUAUGGAAAUAGUAACUGAAAUAUCUGGUCAUAUGUACAAAUUUUGUAGUCCCGAUGACCUUCGUGUUUUUGAAAAGGGGUUUAGGUUCAAAUUGUUAUACCUCAGAAAGAACCCCGACCCCUUAGAAUAUUCUGAAACUAAUAAUGAAUUUCGAUCGUUUGAAGUGUUAAAGGAUAAAAUUAGUAGGGAAAAUUUUGAAUUGAUUCUCAAAGUCCUGGACUUGAUUCAGAGGUAUUGCAGUUUGGCUGAAGAACUUAAGGAGUUUGGCCAGUACAUGAGUGAGUUUGAAGAAUCUUUUGAUAAAUUCUGCAAAAUGGGUUGUGAAUUUCUGGGAAAAAAACCUACUUUAUUCACCAUCAAAUCUUCAAACCUUAUUGCAAAUAUUGCAAGAAAUAUCAAAUUUAAACCUAAAAUCGACGAAAUGAUAAAUUUUAAAGGACGUGACCUUAAAAUUCCACAGUUGUUUGGAGUGUUCAUGUAUAGGAUCAAAACUACAAACACGAGUUCUGAAGAUUUGAAGGGGCUUGAGGAGACGGUAAACCAAAUUUCCGGGAAAUUGGAAGAGCUAGUUAAAAUUCUUGAAGAAACAUUUACAAAGAGGGUUUGCAUAUAUGAACCGGGUGAUAAUAGAGAAAUUAGGAAAACAAACCCAUGGAUGAAUGAAAAAGGACUAAAAUUGCUUUUCAAGGACCCUAAUGAACCUUUUGAUAUGUUUUUAUAUGAAAAAUGCCCAGAAAUUGACCAUCUAUUCACACUCGAAAAAUACAAAUAUAGGAUCGAAGAUGAAUCAGGUGAGGAGAAAGGUGUAUCAUCACUUCAUGAGUUAAAAAUGGAAUUAGUAGAGAUUAGUAAACAAAUAACUGAGGAAGAAAUGAAGUUGAAGUGGAGGGGAAAUGAUAAUGAAUUGAUGAAAGAAUUGAUAAGUGAUUUGGGUUCAAAGGUUAGAAGGGUAGUUUUGGAAGUUGAAAUGUGCAGACCAAUAUCGAGGGACCAUUAUUUACCAAAAACACAUACAAAAGAAUUGGUAAAAUUAUCUCUAAAUAGGUUUUGGAAUCAAAAUGAUAAAUUCGAAAAUUUUCUGAAAAAAUAA